AUGGCUCAGUAUCCACUCCGGUACUAUACGAACAUUAUCAACGACUUCGAAGAGCGGCAACUGCACGAUCGUACCCCAGCCGCCUCAACCGUCAGUACGAUGCCAAGUUCGUCGCAAAGUCGACCGAUCCUAUGUCUAAGAAAGGGUCAUCUGCCAUUAGGCAUCUACGGGGUUGCGCCAUCAACCUCCUCAGAGGCAAGACCCAAUCUACUCUCUUCCAGAACAUCGCAUAGCCUAAACACGCUAGACAGCAAUGGCACCUUUGCGAACGACCGAAGGCAGCCAUCUAUGUUAAGGCGUCUAAGGUCAUCGAGAAUCACAGCUUCGACGACAGUGCGGUCACCUCAGAGGCCGUUUGUGUAUCCAUCUGAUUUUCGGGAGCCGUCAGAAGUACCGGAAACCCGAUUUAUCGAUAGCUCAGGAGUGGCCAUACCUGGUGCCUUCUGUUUGUCAGAAACCAUGGAGUACACAACGGCUUUGGCCGACCAUGGUAUCGUGUACUCGGAUCAUGCUCGCUUGAUCAAUGCAAUGCGGUCUCUGGUCGAGCUACCGGUUGAUUCCAGACGGGCUUCGAGAUACGUCGAUGCACGCUGGAGUACAGAGAGCCAGUGCAACGCGAAAAGCCAGCAUCAAGGCUUGUUACACAGUGUUUUCCAGGCAAUUGUUGCGAAGUCACAGGGGCUGUACCAGCAGACGCAACACCAGACCGCCAUUCUGAACCUUCUUCUCGAGGAGAUCAGCCAGAAUUUGCGAGUGAGAGAAGUUCCUGUAGUAGUUUGUGUUAGCUCACUCUUCCUCUUUGCACCUGAGCAGAUCCUGGAAGCACAUAUCGAGAUCCUACACGCACCAUUGACACCUCAAGGUCCACAAAAGUCGACCAAAGACUAUGCGAAAGCUGCAGAACACUUGUUCUUCAUUAACACAGACGCUUUCGUGAAUUCGAGUGAACAGGGCUUUUCAAUGCCACAAUGUAAUUUAGACAGCAAUGUCGAAUCUUCCUCAGCAACUGAACAGGCUGACCUAUGGCCGUUUGGUCAUUGGUACGACUCUAGAUCUCAGGUUCGAACUCGCCCGUGGCCUCUCUGACUGAAUGCGAUAACCU